AUGCCGGUGAAUGUGACCGUCCUGUACGAGCCGUACUGCAAGGACUGCUCGUGGUUCAUCACCAAGCAGCUGGUGCCCGUGUACGGGCUUCUGCGCAAGCACCUCGUCGUCGAGAUGGUGCCGUUCGGACGCACGCGCAUGAAGGAACCGCAGGGCGCCGACACGACCGUGACCUUCACCUGCCGCCACGGGCAACCCGAGUGCCAGGCGAGCAUGCUCCACGCAUGCGCCAUCGCUCUCUACCCGCACACCGACAAGCACUUGCCGUUCAUAGCGUGCACGCUCAAGGGGUGGAAGCCCGAGAAGAACGUGCAGAAGUGCAGUAACGAGCACAAAAUGGAGAGCAGCAAGAUCGUCGGCUGCGCCUCGUCGGCACAGGGUAAGAUUCUCCUGCAGAAGAUGGGCUGGCGCACCAUGUCCGUGCGACCACCCAUCAACUACGUGCCCAGCGUGGUCAUCGACGGCGGAUUCAACAAGCGCUACCAGAAGAAGCUGCAGAAGCACUUCAAGGAGACCGUCUGUAAGCACUUCAAGCCGCCUGUGCCGGAACCGUGCCUGGUCAAGAAAAAGAAGGGCUGGUUCGGGCGCUGA